AUGAACCACUCCAGUGUGACAGAAUUCAUUCUCCAGGGAUUUUCGCUAUCACAAAAUAAGCGUGUCUAUCUAUUUAUUAUCUUUCUUGUCAUUUAUCUUUUAACCCUUAUAGCCAAUAUGAUGAUUAUUAUUCUUGUAUACAGUGAUCACCGCCUUCAUAGUCCAAUGUAUAUGCUUCUUGGUCAUUUUUCUUUCCUUGAGAUCUGCUACACAGCAGUCACUGUGCCCAAAAUGCUUUCAGACCUAAUUGGAGAGAUUACCUCCAUUUCAGUUGCUGGUUGCAUUGCCCAGUAUCAUUUCUUUUCUCUCUGUGCUGCAACUGAACAUUUUCUUCUAGUGACCAUGGCUUAUGACCGAUAUGUGGCAAUUUGUCACCCUCUUCAUUAUGGAGGCAUUAUGAGCAAUACAUUUUGUAUGAAACUGAUUUUAUCCUGCUGGCUUAUUAGUGUUGUGUCUCUUACCAUCCCAGCUGUUUCAGUAUCAAAGCUUUAUUUCUGUGGGCCGAACAUCAUCGAUCACUUCUUUUGUGAAUUUAACCCUUUACUAAAGCUCUCCUGCACUGAUACCUAUGUUGCUCAAUAUAUUUUCAAUUGCCUCUCCUGGAUCAUAAUUCUGGGAUGCCUAAUGUGCAUUGCCCUUUCUUAUAUCAACAUAAUUGGCGCUAUUAUAAAUAUCCCUUCUAGCUAUGGUAAAAGAAAAGCCUUCUCCACCUGUGCCUCUCACCUGCUUGUGGUGGGAAUAUUUUAUGGUACUGUCAUUUUCAUUUACCUCAGACCCAAAGUGGACUCUCCGAUUCAUCAAAACAAAAUUGUUUCUGUAUUUUACAUUGUUGUGACUCCUAUGCUGAAUCCCAUCAUUUACAGCUUUAAAAAUGAGUCACUGAGGAAAGCUGCUGUUAACCUUAUUAAAAGUAUAACUACACCAGCAGCUGGGAAAGACAUAAAUUAA